AUGUCGCACAUCGACUACGCUCUAUACGAAUCCCCCGUGGGCUAUGCCCUCUUCAAGGUGGUGCAUCAGCAGGAUGCGGUGGGCCUGAAAUUGAAGGAGACUCAGGCCGCCGUCAACGACCUCGCCAAGUUCGGCAAGAUGGUCAAGCUGGCCAACUUCAGCCCUUUCAGGGGCCACGUCGAGGCUCUUGAGAACAUUAACCUCGUCACUGAGGGUAUCGUCUCGGACUACCUCAAGUCUGUCCUCGAACUCAACCUCCCCCAGACCAGCGGCAAGAAGACCAAGGUUGUCCUUGGUGUUUCCGAGAAGAAUCUUGCUGGCGCGAUCAAGGGCCUCUUCCCCGGCCUCGAGUGCGAGACUGCCGAUACCUCUGACAUUGUCGGCGACGUUAUUCGCGGUAUCCGACUCCACGCCGACAAGCUUCUCGGCGGACUCAAGUACGGCGAUGUUGAGAAGGCCGGUCUGGGUAUGGGCCACGCCUACUCCCGUGCCAAGGUCAAGUUCAGCGUCACCCGCAACGACAACCACAUCAUCCAGGCUAGCGCGACCAUCGACUUCCAGGACAAGGGCGUCAACCAGUUUUUCAUGCGCGUUCGCGAGUGGUACGGAUGGCACUUCCCUGAGCUGGUCAAGAUUGUCUCCGACAACUACACCUACUGCAAGCUUGUUCUGGCCAUUGGCGACAAGAAGAGCUUGAACGAUGAUAAGCUCCACGACAUUGCCGCUCUCGUUGGUGAGGAUGGUGAGAAGGCCCAGGCCAUCAUUGACGCCGCCAAGGUCUCCAUGGGUCUCGACAUCUCUCCUGCUGACCUCGAGAUUGUCCACGGCUUCGCUGAGGCUGUUGUCAAGCAGGCCGACAACCGCAAGUCCACCUCCGCCUACCUCGAGAAGAAGAUGUCCGACAUCGCCCCCAACCUGCAGACUCUCAUUGGCACUCCCGUUGCCGCCCGCCUCAUCUCUCACGCUGGUUCUCUGACCAACCUCUCCAAGUACCCUGCCUCUACUCUUCAGAUUCUCGGUGCCGAGAAGGCUCUUUUCCGUGCUCUCAAGACCAAGAGCAACACCCCCAAGUACGGUCUCAUCUACCACAGCAGCUUCAUUGGCAAGGCUGGUCCCAAGAACAAGGGUCGCAUCUCUCGAUACCUCGCCAACAAGUGCAGUAUGGCCAGCCGUAUCGACAACUUCUCCGAGGAGCCCUCAACCCGCUUCGGUGAGGCUCUCAAGCAGCAGGUCGAGGACCGAUUAGAGUUCUACGCCACUGGCAAGAAGCCCGCCAAGAACACCGAUGUCAUGAAGGGCGUUAUGGACCUCCUUGACGACGGUGACAAUGCUGGCUCCGACGAGGAGAUGGCUGACGCUCCUGAGCCUGAGACCAAGAAGUCCAAGAAAGACAAGAAGGAGAAGAAGGAAAAGAAAGAGAAGAAGGACAAGAAGGAGAAGCGAAAGAGGGACGAGGAGGAUGCCGAGCCUGUGAAGGAAGACGGCGAGAAGAAAAAGAAGAAGAAGAGAAAGUCCAAGGCUGCGGAUGACGAGUAG